UGUCUCAGGUGUCAUGACCAAGAUCUUUAUAAAAGGGCAUGCCUUAAACAGCGAGCAGACUCCUGGAGCACAGCAGUAACCUCAGCUAAGCUUUCUAAUGCCCCAUUCUGACUCAGAGACACGUUGACACGUCCAGCCAUGCGAUUCUAUGUGUUCUUCUUCCUUGUGCUCCUGGGGUUCCUCUACCUCAGCUUGGGACAAGGUUCCUAUGAGGACUGCUGUCUGCGCCAUGUAAACAGCGUGAAAAAGCACACCAUAAAAAAUGUGGUUAGCUACCGAAAGCAGGAGCUGGAUGGCGGCUGUAACAUUGCGGCCAUAGUGUUCAAGACGAAGCGAGGUCGAUUUUUCUGUGCUAAUCCCAAAGACAAAUGGGUGCAGAAACUGCUAGAAAAGGUGGACAGAGAAAAUGAGUCUGUUCACGGAAAGAAAUACGUCGUGACCAAGCGUUCCAGCUAAAUGUUUGGCUGUGAGAACCUAAGAGGUAGAUGCCAGUCUCCGCUAAUGUUUCUGCCUUGAGUGCUGUGGUACCACUUGCUGUCCCGGACUCAGCUUUGGUGUACUGGCUACCCAGCAUGCAUUUCAGCCAGGUGUAAAUGGACUUUUUUAGCACUCUCUGUAUAUUGCCCAAAGCAUAAGCUGCUAACACCACUCAAUUGUUUUCCUACAUACUGCCACAGUCUGUUGCUCAUGGCCCAAUGUGCAUAAAUCUGGCAAUACAUAUCGAGAGUAAGAAGGGCUGCAUGUUUAAGCAAGUGAGUGAUGAAAUAUGUCUAUAAAUGUUCAAUUUUUUAUGGCUAGCAAUUUCACAGGAGCUGAUGACACUAUAAUAAAGACGUGGGUGGAAUGGUUUUGCAAUCCAAUCAAAUACUUCAACUGUUUCCUUAUUAGAUUACCUGUAAUGACCGUGUGUCUCACUGAGAGCAACCUUUCAGCUUGUAGGUAAUAUGUAUAAAUGUCUCCUUUUUGAUGUUCAUUUCAUGCUUUUAAUUACUUUAAAUGUUACUCUAGUAAGAAUGAAUGGUUUGUGUCAUUUCCAAGGUUAUAUUCUAAAGUAUCUUCUUAUUUGAAACAUAUUGUUGUUUUGUACCCUUAUCUUGCUCUGUUCAGCUGACUGUUUUAGAGGAUGUACAUGUUUUGAAAGAAAAUGACAGCGACUUUUAGCAAUGUAGAUAUUAUAAGUCACUUUGUUUGCUUUAUUGUGACGAUAAGCCUGUAAAUGUUUGAUGAAUGCAAUUCUGAGUCACUUGGAGUUUGUAGUGGGAGUGUCCUUUCUAUAAUUACUACUUUCAGAUAAAGUAUUUUUAUAUUGCCAGUAAAUAUUUGUUUUCAUACAUUACUAAUAAAAAGGUGAGUUUCCUCUUCCAAUGAAAAAUUCA